CGACCUGAUGUCAACUCAUUGAAUUUACUAGGAAAAAAACCUCAAAACUUUAAAAAAAAAAACAGUUCUCAGAGCAGGCGUAAAGGGAUUUUACUAACAAUAGRAAAGAUCAUAAACAGAUUGGGAGAGUUUCAAAUUCUACCCGGCUAACUAACGCCCAAGCGAUAUUCGAGCUCACUCCAAGGUUUUUGUGCUAUCAGAUUUGAAGCCAUUCAGCAAGACGUUGUGGCAACAAACUCGUCAGAACUCGGGUCUACGCUUUUAGAUAGCGCUGUAAGUCUAUCAAGAUAGAAGUGUAACCAAGUCAAAAUACACAAGUUGAGUCGAUGAGAAGAUUAAGGACAACUUAACACAGUAAAUUAGCGCGACUCUAAACAUCAGGUCACCGAUAUAAAUGGAUCCAAAACAAGACGAAGAAGAAAUCAAACCUAGUGUAAAAACUGAGGAAAAGCCAUCGUCGCGUCCRUUUGAUAUUGCUAAUCUAACUCGUCCGGAUAAACCAAAUAAAAAAAACGACAGCGAUCCUCUGAAACUUUGGAAACUGCAACUCCAAAAUCAACAUGCGCUCAGAGAUUUCCACCGUUGUUACGAGCCAUCAGUUUCAGAACCAGUUUUAUUUCAACGCCAUUCAUUAGUUCAAGAGCAGUACAAUCCAUACGUAUUUUCUCCGUAUCGACAUCAAGUUUUUUAUCAAAACCGUUCGUCCCUUACCGAUGUUCCAUUACCUUAUCAUCGAUGGGCGCCUUCGCCAUACAUGAACCGACUAACUUCAGGUCACUUAACCUGCCGAGAGAGCGAACUCGCCCCCUCGCUGUACCACACCCAUCGCAGGCCAUCCCUUCUGCCGCCUUCACCGAACGACAAGAAAAAGACGGAUUCCAUCUCUCACGGAGAUAGCUUUGAGUGCAUGAGCUGUAAAAAGGUCUUCGGCACAUCGCAUGGUCUAGAAGUCCACGUAAGACGAUCGCAUUCAGGACGAAGGCCGUACGAGUGCACUGUUUGUAAAAAGACGUUUGGUCACUCAGUAAGCCUUGAACAGCAUCAGUUCAUCCACACAAACGAAAAGACUUUUAAAUGCAAAGAAUGCGGCAAGGUUUUUAAAAGAUCUUCGACCUUAUCAACCCAUAUGCUCAUCCAUUCGGACACAAGACCGUUUCCUUGCAAGUAUUGCCCUAAGCGAUUCCAUCAGAAGUCUGACAUGAAGAAACAUACUUACAUUCACACAGGGGAAAAACCUCAUAAGUGCUUGGAGUGUGGAAAAUCAUUCAGUCAGUCGUCGAAUCUCAUCACACAUAGUCGAAAACACAGUGGGUUUAAGCCAUUUUCUUGCCCGACUUGCAAUCGCUCUUUCUACCGAAAAGUAGAUUUGAGAAGACAUACCUACACUCAUGAGAAUGGAGGACUAUAAACAAUAUUUGUAUAUAUAUAUAUGAUAUGUAAACAAUCAAAGAAAACUGCCCAGUAAACAAAUGAAAUAGACGCUAAAGAAACAAAGUCAACUUUAGUUGAUUAUAACAAAACGAAGACUAGCUGAAGCGAAUGAUUAAAAAGUAAAGCAUUAGAACUCAGCAGAGAACAGUCUGUUCUUCUUGGUGGAAACGUUGCCAAAAAAAAAAAUAAAUGUUUAUAAAAUAUAUGUUGAUGGAGUAUAGAAAUAUUCUAAUAAAUAACGAAUUCCAUUUCUUGAUAUUAUUCUUAAAGAAUGUAGAGCUAUUCUAAUUCAAAGCUAGUUCGGAUUGACAUUUUAUGAAUAGAAUAUAAGAGAAGUAUAAUUGACAGAAAAGAACAUACAAUGUAAUAAAUUUGGAAAGAGAAUAGAAUACAUUAUACUCUUC